UUACCUUCAGCGUCGACGCAAAGCACUUUCCUUAUGCAGAAGCUGCAGCGAUUGUGCUUCAGGCCUACAAUGAAGGCAAAGCCAUACUCGUGUUUGACAGCUGCGGCGAAAUCUUCGCCCCAGGUGUUGCUGCCAGCUUUCUGGUGGCUCGAGGGUUUGGAGUCAUUCAGGCAAUUUCUCAUGUCAGGCGCAAGGCAGACUACUCAAAGCUGGACAACACAGUCGUUACUGAACUGUACCGGCUCGCCGGGGGUUUGCGACAGCCCCUAGACAAGGGCCCCAUCAUAGGAGAUGAGCAGGGCCCCCUUCUCAUAUCUUAUCCGGAAAAUCCCGUCGAUGAACCGCCGAACACGGAAGUAUUGGCCGCGGAAGCUCUGAAGGCGUUUCUCAAAACUGCAAAACCCCAAGAAGCUGAAGAGGGUUUAGGAGUGGUUUAUAAACUUUUAAACAAUGCUGCUAGAAACCCUCACGAUGAGC